AUAGAUCAGUGGGAUAUGAACGCAUCUUAUCCCUAACCCAUACCCAGUUCAUACCCCAUUCUUUAUAUCCAAAGAAGGGUUAGGCUAUCCAUCCUCCAUGAUUUCUCAUUCCCACUAUGGUUUUCCCACAAUCCAAACGUCACCUACUAGUUUUGGAGGAAUGCGGAGUGCCUAUGGUUUAGGGUAUUGUUCAUUCUGGCUACUCUUUUUGGAAAAAAAAGUUCAUUCUGGUUACUGUGUGUACGGUGCCUUGGGAAUGGACAGCUAAUGCGGAGUGCCUGUAGUUUAGGGUAGUGUUCAUUCUGCUUUGCCGUAUAAUGGUGCGUUGGGAAUGGACAGCCAGAGGAGAAUUCAGUGCCAAGUCAGCCUAACUUGCUUUCACAAUUCCCUUAAUUGGUUCCUACUGCACUUUCAAAGCAGGCUCAGUUUGCAAAGCACACGCCGAAGGCAAACAAUGGUGCUUUGAAAUGUGUUUGAUACAUAUACAAGCAAAGACCUUGGCAGCGGAUCAGCUUGUGGUGCGGCAUUGGCUGUGCAAUCUGAUCUGCCCUCUAUGUCAUCAUGAGCCAGAGACGAUGCAAAAUGGCCAACACUUCAGGAGGAUCAUCGAUGGAUGGAGCAGCUGGAGGCAACAUGGCGAGCGGGAAUGACGGCCAGGGCGUCAUUAGUAGCUCUCACUCGGGGUCAGGCCACAUGACCAAAGCGCCGAGCGCGAGGAGGAGGGCACAUCCUCCCAUGAGGUUGGGGAGUGAGGUGCCAGAGCCGUCCCAGAAGAAGCGGAAGGUGGUAAAUGAGGAGGAGGCACCUUGUGGAGUUUCAAAUGCGGGCAAGAUCAGUGCUCCAUCUUCUGCGGCGUUGAGAGAUCCCAACGGAACUUCUAGCUCUGAGGACCAUGCAGGAGGGCAUACAAGUGAGUACGUCACGGUUGGGAAUGCUAGGGGCUCACCAGUUAAACGAAGGUGUAUGCGAACAAGUCGCUACUUGGGACUAUUUACAUACCUAAAAGGGAAACACACAGAUGAAGUUGUUAACUCCAAGCAAUCAACUGUUCCCACAAAAAUAAAGAAGGUUAAGGAAAACCAAUUUCAGAAACUUCAGAGAUUGCCAGAUGGGUGCCAUCCUGAUUUUGAUAAUGAUCAUCUGUGUUCUGUAAAUAAGCUUCUUGAGUUCCGGCACAAGUCUCAAGGUGCUGUCUUUGUUGAUGAUAAGGAGCAUGUAAUGAAGACCAUCUUUUUCAUAUCGUCGGUUUUACCGGAUGCUUGCCAUUCUUUUCUACUUGUCACAACUUCUUCUCUUCCCUUAUGGAAGGCUGAGUUCAAUCGCUUUGCACCAUCUAUCAACGUUGUUGUGUUUGAUGGGGAGAAGGAUGUGCUUAAACUAAUUCAAAAUCCGGAGUUCCAUGGGAAUGGAAGUCACACAAUGUUGCAUGUUCUCCUAGCUCAUCCUGAUGUUAUCUUAGAGGACAUUAAAAGUGUAGAGGGCAUUGUUUGGGAGUCAGUUAUUGUUGAUUAUUGUCAAGACUCAGUUGCAAAACUCCUCAAACAACUCAAGCAACUACCAACAGAUUUUAGGAUGGUGCUUUUGAGCUCUCCACUGAAGGAUAGUCUUCCUGAGUACAAGAAGUUGCUAGAUUUCCUUAACUCGGAACAAGAAGACAGUGGAGAUUACAUUGAGACUGAUAGCCUUGCUAUGUUAAGAGCAAGGUUUACACGCCAUAUUGCAUAUGAACGAAAAGCAGGUUCUUCAAAAUUUUUGGAGUAUUGGGUUCCGGCUUACCUUUCACAAGUGCAGCUAGAACUCUAUUCUUCUAUAUUGCUUGCAAAUUCCUCUGUCCUGCAGUCACAAAUGACAACUGACAGUGCUGGAGCUCUUUGUGACGUUGUCAUGUCUCUUUGGAAGUGCUGCAAUCACCCUUGCCUUGUUGACCUACAACAUUCACUUGCCAACACUCGAGAUAUAAUUGAAUCUAGAGAUGAUAGAAUGUGUGUGAGUGGAAAAUUAUUGCUUCUUGAAAAAAUGCUCAAAGAGAUCAGAAACAAGAGGUUAAGAGUCAUUGUUCUUUUUCAAUCUGAUGGGGCAGUUGGAGACCGAAUGGGCAACAUCUUGGAAGACCUCGUGCGCCAUAAAUUUGGCCCGGAGUCAUACGAACGUGUUCAAAACCGUUCAGCAUUUGCAAUGAAGCAAGAAGCAAUGAAUAUGUUCAACGACACGACCAAAGGGAGAUUUGUUUUUCUGAUCGAUAGCCGUGCAUGCCAACCCAGCAUUAAUCUUUCAUCUAUUGAUUCCAUUAUCAUUUAUGGUAGUGACUUGAAUCCACUAAAUGAUCUGAAGGCUCUUCGAAAGCUCAAGAUAGGGUCACAACUGAAGUAUGUGCGCAUUUUCCGCUUAUAUACUCCUUUCACAGUGGAGGAGAAGAGUCUUGUGCUCGCCAAGCAAAGCAUGAUUAUUGAUAGCAACGGCCAAGGCAUAACAUCUAGUUUAAGCCAUUGCUUGGUCAGCUGGGGUGUAUCAUUCCUCUUCAACAGAGUUGAUGAGCUUCAACAUGAUAACUGCGCAAGUAAAAGUAAUGAAAGGGGCACAAUCUUUAUGGAUAAAGUAAUUUUGGAAUUCUUAACUGAACUGUCUACUGAGGUUGAAGAUAGCAGCAAAGUAAAUAGUACAACCAUAUCAAAAGCUUGCAUGAGUGGUGAGUUUUAUUCAAGAAACAUUUCUCUGAUAGGAGAGAAGGAGGGGGUGUCUUCACUGGAUGGAGAUCCACCUAAAUUCUGGUUAAAUUUGCUGGAUGGGAAAUCUUAUUGUGAGCGCUAUAAACCAAUCAAAGUUACCACUGAAGAAACUAACACAUCCAGAAGGGAGCAUAGAAACACAUGUGAAACUGCAGGUUCAUCUUCAAAGUUCCGUUUGGAUGUAAUUAAUCAUGACCUGCUUCCUGAAAUUAGUACUCCAUCAAGUGCUGACCUUCAUCUAGUUCCUGAGAAAGGAGUGGCAAACAUGAGCACACCCAAAAGUCUUCACGCUGAAAUUAAGCAUGAACUGUCAAAGCUAAUGAUGGUGUUAAAGCUACCAGAUAAUGUACAUUUUCUGGCCAAGCAGUUCCUUGAAUAUCUUUUAAAGAAUCAUCUGGUUGUGCGGGAGCCACGGUGCAUACUACACGCGUUCAACAUAGCCUUGUGUUGGCGUGCUGCUUCUUUUCUGAAAUACACUAAGUUGGAUCAUCGAGAAUCACUUGCCCUUGCUUCAGAUGGCUUGAAAUAUGAAUGCAGUGAGGAGCUCGCAGAAUUUUUCUAUAAAGAAAAUGGUAUCCUAAAAGAAAAGGUUGCACAUAAACCAGGUGGAAGAAUCAAUGAUAGAUUAUCACCACAUGAGAGCUCAUAUGCUAACUUGAGAAGUGACCACAAUUUGCCGAAGCAGGCAAUGGAUCUUCAUGGUAACUUCACAAAUGGCACUGAUGAUAGCGCGUCCGCCACUGAGAAGAAGGUGAUGGUUUCAGAUGAGCACGAAUUGGUAUCUGCUCCAGAUGCUGGCAGAGAACAACAUCUCUUAAGCGAAGAAUCUCCUAGUAAUGCUGCAAUGAAAAGAAUAGACUUAUUUAACAGCAUUUUUUCCUCAAGAGAGAGGGAUAUCAUUGAGAAGCAAGAACUUCAGAUAUUAAAUUUAAGAACACAGAGAGACAAUCAAGUUAAGAAACUGAAAGAGGUAUGCCAUGCAGUUGUUCAACACAUUAGGACAAGUAACAUUGAUGAAGAGAUGAAAAUUGACCAAAUAAAGUUGGUGAUUCAGUGGUUCACUAUGUUUAUGCAUUCUUUUUUGGCGCACAUGAGGCUCCAGUUUUUCAAACUUGAUGCGCUGCAUUCUACAACACUGGAUGAAGAGCAACUGAUGAAGGAAAAACUCAAACACGAAGUAAUAUCAGGUGGAUUAGAUCAUUUCCCUGAUCCUUGCGUUACUCUACCAGAUUCCAAUUCUGUCGUUGAGGAAUUCAUCCAUUUUAAGAAGCAAAAUGGUGAUAAUCAUGUUGACAAAAAUUUGGCCUCGGAUGGUGACCAGCUUGAUGACACAUCGAUGGAAAUUACUAUUGUACGCAGUUCAUUUUCACCAGAGGCUUGUCCUACACUUGCAGUGAUAAGUGAACCUACAGAAGCUCAUAUGAGGUCUGCUGGGAGAGCAGCAUCAGAAUCUGUAGAUCUUCCAGAUAACAAUAAUCACGGUAGUUCUGAUGGAAUUGACUACCAAAGAGCCUGUUCUGCUAGUUCUAUUCCUACAUGUCAUGAUUCAAUCAAUCAGGAAUCUUCAACUGGUGAUGGCAGAAGUAUUGAACAUGCCAAGGGAGUCAAUAUUGCUAAUCCAAGUAUGUUUCCAGGAAGUGCAACUUCUCUUGUGGGAAUCAAUGCAGAAAAUGAUAGUACUGUUGCAGCAGAUCCAGACCACAUGGAAUUGCCUAUUUUGGCUUCUCCACAAAAUGUCACGACCUUGCUGCUUCCUACUGCAGAAGAACCAUCUGAUACAUUACCUGCAAUGGCAGCUCAGGAUCUGCAAACUGAGAUGCAAACAACAUGCCCAACAUUGGGUGCUCAACAUCAGAAGGUGUGCCCUGAUGAUUCUAGUAAAAUGAACCACGAACCAGAUACAGCAACUGGAAUGUUGCAGGAAGGGACAACUUCUGACAAUUUAGGUGAUUCCAGUAAGGUGAACGUCGAACCAGAUACAACAACUGGAAUGUUGCAGGAAGGGAUAAAUUUUGAUCAUUUAGAUGAUUCCAGUGCGGGAGUUAAAGAAAAAAAUAUUGACACUGUCGCUGCAGAUCCAUUGAAUUCAGAAAGUCGAUCUUAUAUUGCUCCAAACAACCCAGCUGUCGUGCCAGAAGCUUGGGUAGCUGAAACUCAGAGUGAUCAGUCAAGUAUGCCUGCGCAACAUAGUACACGUCUACCCACUCAACGGAGGUUACCAAUUUCGGGACAUCCACCAGAAGAAGCAGAUCCAUCAAGUAAUCUGGACACAGAGGCUGCCCAGCAGCCUGAUAUUGAACCAUCAAGCACAACGCUGGAUGCUGACAGCUCUGAAGAAACUACAACAGUUUUGUCACAGGGAGGCAGUAAAAAUCAUGAUGUAGAUAAUGAUGGCACUGUUCACGCACAAAAAGCCCACUCAGAGUCACCAAUUUUGGCUGCCCCACAAAGCUCAGCUAUGUUAUCACUUCCUUUGGAGGUUCGAAGUCGUGCUAAUAUAUCAAGUACGUCAUCCCUGCAAAGUAACGAUGCAUCUUCAAGGCAUGCACCUGCUAUGUCAGAAUCACCAGGUAUGCUGGGCACUCUGGCAGAACAGGAUUUGCAUCCUGACAUGCGGCCAUCCACGUCAUUGUUGGAUGUUCCACUUCAAAGAAUGUUCCCAGGUGACAGGAGCCGAACAGGCUGUCAGCCAGAUAGAGUAACUGAUUUGUCAGAGGAAGGCGAAACUGAAUAUCUAACUUGUACCACCAGCAACCUAUCCACCCUGCCAUUUUCUGGGGAAGCUGAAACUGAGAAUGGUCAAGCAAGUAUGCCUGCACAGGAAAUCACAAGUCCCCAUAUCCAACAUAGUUUAGCAACUUCACAGCAUCCAGUUGGUGAUUUGCAGCCACCGACCUUGAUUCUGUCUGAGGAAGCAGAAAGGGCUGGUCUCUUGUGCACCUCAGCAUCUCUGGGUUUGCAACCGUCAGUUACAAUACAGGAGGAUGUUCCACUUGAAAGAACUGAUCUGUCUGGCAUGCCUAUGACACAAUGCACAACUGUCCUGCAGAGUGUGGAACCUUCAUGUGAUCCACAUGCAGAAGAAGCAGGUACUUGUGGUAUGUUAUCAGCUCCAGAUUUGCAGUCCGGAAUGCGGUCGUCAUCUCCAUUGCAGGAUCAACUUGCGGAAGCAGAAGGAGCAGGCAUCUGUGGCACCGUUCGAGCUCAGAACUUGCAGCCUGAAACACAGCCAUCAACCUCAGCUCAGCAUAUUCCACAAGAGAGGACACACCCUAAUGAGAGAAUUCAAAUUGGUCUUCAGCCAAACACGACAUCGGGUCCUGAGCAGCUAGCCCAACUAUCUACAGUGGCACCUGCAAGUCUAUUAUGUAGUUCCGAACCACUAAUAAAUGAGCUUGAAAAACUGAAAUACUAUAAGGCUGUGCUCAGUAAAAACCAUGAACACAAGAAAUCACAACUUCAAACAGAGUGCAACCAAGAAAUAGAGAAGGUAAAGGAGAAAUAUGAAUUGUUACUUCAAGAGGAAGAUUCUGCGUAUCAUCGAUUGACCACAGAUAUUAAUCGUAUCUACACGAAAGUUUUUGUGCAUCAAUCACUAGCUGAAAAAUUUCGGAAAUUGAAAGCAUCUUCAGUUCAAGAGAGAUCUGCAAGCCCCACAAUUUGGCAGGCACCCCAGUCUUCUCAGCAUGCUCCGUGUGGAACAACAGCAGCACAAACCACAUUAUUACCGGUCGCCUCAUCAUUGACCACUCGACCACCAGUUUUGAUCUCAUCUCAUACAACAACAGGACCUUACAUCCAACCUUCACAGGUGGCUCGGCCACCGGCUUCUGGGGCUAUCCAACUGCAACCAGUUUUACCUGGAAACCUUUCCAGAGCAGCACCAUCACCUGUUGGUUCAAUGCCUCCACGAAAUGGAAUCUACGAAGGUGUUGGAGCACAAUCACGUGGACCUGCUCCUCAUUUCCAGCAACUCAGGAUGCCAGCACCGUCUACAAUGGUUCGCAGAGAUGAACAGCAGCCCAAUAUCACCUAUCCUGGGGUUAUAACAUUGAGACAGUCUGCCCCUGGUAUGUUUGAAAGCUCUGCUUCUGGCAAUGCACUGGCAGGCAUCCCAUUAACAUCCAUGGCACCAAGUUCAGUCCAGCAGACAAUGCCAUCUGCGUCAAACUCACAUCCAGCUUUCCCAGCAUCCUCGCUGCUACCAGGUUCGGGUCCAGAGUCGAUGGGAAACUUUGCGCAGUCAAAUAGCAGAAUCCCAGCUGCCAUGGCGAGCCAACAAGCACUGGGCCUGAAUCCUGCUUUUCACCACAUGGGAGGUGGUCCACUGAACAUUGAAUCAAGAAUUCAGCAAGCUCUAGCUCACAUAGGAGGCACUGCUCAGGCUGCCCCAGAUCAGAGUCAGGAGGUGCUGCGUCGCCUCCUACAACGGCUUCCCCAAGUCAUGGCACCAAGCUCAGUUCAGCCAACCGCAUCAAGCUCACAUCUGGCUCCCAUGGCAGCUCGACAGCAAGCAGGGUUUCCAAAUCCAGCUCCCGACAAUAUGGCAGGUCCACUGAAUGCAGCGGCUGGAGUUCAGCAGCCCGUAGUUCGCAUAGGCAACCAGUCUUAUCAGGUACCGUCUUCAUUGCUCGAGCGGCUGGUGAAUGCAGCGGCUGGAGUCCACGAAUCAGGCCAACUCCCUGGCACAUCCCUCCAGGGAAGCUCCGGCGCCAGCAGAGAGGUGGUGUGCCUAUCUGACGACGAGGAGUAGUAUAGCGCAGAGUAGUGGUGAACAUCUGGUGUUGUGUGUUGGUUGGUGUAAUGUAGAGCCAUGGGUUGGAAUAGAGCAGCGAUAUCGCCGCGCACUGGACUCCUUUAGCAGCAGCAUCCCUUGAAAGCAGGAGAUGUCUGGCUCUGAUGAAGGUAGUGUGCAUCAUCAGUCAUUUUGGGGGGGCUGUGGCGGCAGCAGCAUAGUAGUGAAUAGCGAUAGCAUGUGGCACGAGACAGAGCAUGAACCCUAAUCCUAACAUAGAGCGCAGUCAUGGUAUAUUUUCUUUUGGUUUCAUAGACUGAUGAUGAUUAUUUGGUCCAGGGAUGGAAUGAUCAUUAGUAAGUACUGUGUCUAUAUUGUUUGGAGCCGUGUGGUUGUAGUUAGGAUACUGGUACAUAUAUUAUUAUCUGAAAAUCUGCAUGGGUGUUGCUGAACCUUUGACCUGAACAA